CUCUUGGCAUUCCUGAUUCCGCCGAAAUUUUUGCUCAGGAUACGACACGAUCAGCUCGUGACCUUGCUCGCCCUGAUCUUAUAAAAGUUCUUACCGGAAAUUCUGCUUCCGCUGUUGAAUGGCUUCAAGAAAAAUUCAAGCUAGACCUUUCUCUUGUUUCUCGAUUGGGAGGUCAUUCUCAACCGCGUACUCAUCGUGGGAAGGAAAUGUUCCCAGGUAUGACGAUUACCUAUGCUUUAAUGGAAGGCAUUGAGGAAUUUGCUGAAAAACAACCUGAUCGGGCCCGAAUCAUCAAAAAGGCACGGGUUACAAAGUUAAUUAAGGAAGGCGAUACUGUUGUAGGUGUAGAAUAUGUCAAAGAUGGCCAAACUUUUAAAGAAUAUGGUCCCGUAAUUUUGGCCACUGGUGGUUAUGCAGCCGAUUUCACAGACGAUUCUUUGCUAAAAAAGUACCGCCCAGACAUAUACAAUCUACCCACUACCAAUGGAGAGCAUUGUACUGGCGAUGGUCACAAAAUGGUUAUGGCCAUUGGAGGAAAGGCUACUCAUUUGGAAAAGGUUCAAGUUCAUCCAACGGGGUUGGUUGAUCCAAAAGAACCUGAUGCAAAAGUCAAAUUUUUGGCCGCCGAAGCGCUUCGAGGUGUUGGUGGACUGUUGUUGAAUGGUGAUGGAAAGCGAUUCUGUGACGAAUUGGGUCAUCGUGAUUACGUUACUGGUGAAAUAUGGAAAACAAAAGGGCCUGUUCGUCUUGUACUUAAUAGCAAAGCUUCAAAAGAAAUUGAAUGGCAUUGUAAACAUUAUGUUGGUCGCGGUUUGAUGAGAAAAUUUUCAGGCGAAGAGUUGGCAAGAGAAAUCGGUAUUUCUGUGUCGCAAUUGAAAGAAACUUUUGAUGAUUAUAACGAAAUUGCUAGGAGAAAAAAUGAUCCUUAUGGCAAGAAAUUUUUCCAUAACACGCCAAUCAAUGUAAACGAUCAAUUUCAUGUAGCCUUGAUGUCUCCAGUAUUGCAUUAUACUAUGGGUGGGGUUGAUAUAAAUGCAGAUUCUGAGAUCAGAGAUGAGCAAGGAAAACCAAUUCCGGGACUAUAUGCUUCCGGGGAAUUAGCUGGCGGUGUUCAUGGCGCUAAUAGAUUGGGAGGAUCUUCUCUUUUGGGUUGUGUUGUCUAUGGUCGGGUUGCUGGUGAUUCCGCAUCCCGUUAUCUUUUACAGAACUUGUCAAGUGCAACUGCUAAUCGUCGCCUAGGACAAAUUACUGGACAAUUGGCUCCAUAUCAAUCAACCAUUUCUGUUGACCCUACAAGUCAAAAAGUGCACUUAGAAAUUUCUUGGGGUCCUCAAAGAAAUGGUAUAAGCCAAUAUACACCAGCUCAAACUCAACCAAGUCAAACACCUGCCCCGGAAAAGAAAGCAGAAGCAUUACCACGCGAAAAAAAGGAAUAUACCGCUGCUGAAGUCGCCAAGCAUAAUACAGAAAGCGUUAAUGGCGAAGUUUUAGAUGUAACCAAAUUUCUUCCGGAUCAUCCUGGUGGUAAAAAAGCAAUUCUAAUUUAUGCCGGAAAGGACGCUACUGAAGAGUUUAAUAUGCUACAUGAUAAAAAUGUAGUGCAAAAGUAUUCACCAGAGGCAUUCCAUAAUCGGAACUUUGAAGAAGUAGUUGUAGAGUUCUGA